AUGUCCGGAGCACAUAGGAACGAUAAUAGCAUAGCCAACUCACAAAAUGAGGAUUCCGAUUUUCAACAAUUGAAUAACCACAUUGAUAGCAUUUACAAUACGUACAGCUCAAACAACCACGACAGUGUCGAGAGCUUGGAUUCGGAGAAGAAUAGAUAUGUUUUCAAAUACGGCGACACCUCGAAUAAUCAGUUGCCCUCAGUACACAUAUCGUCGCGGUUAUCCUCCAUGGAGCCAUCCAAUUCGGAAGGGGUUGCCAAGAGUGCACCUGGAACUCCAUCGUCAAUAGGAUCUUUUGAUUUUAGGCCGCGUUAUCCACGAGCAGUCACAAAUUCAUCGUUGAAUGUGCUAUUGGACACUGCGAGUGGGAAUUCUCAGUUUAAAAGUAUUGUAGACUCGCCAGCAAGGCGUGGCUCUAAUGAAGAUGCAAACACGCUAGAUGACGGGGUUCCGCAAUCAUCAGAGUACAAUGCGGGAGAUCGAAAUUGGCAAGAGGAGGGAGCAGCACUCAAAACUAUACAAAAGCCCAACGGAGAAGUAUCGACAAUUAGAAGAAGCGUUACGGACUUUAAGUUUGGUAAGGAAUUAGGAGAAGGCUCGUACUCAACUGUCAUACUUGCCACUGAUAAGAUUACCAAUAAAAAUUACGCGGUGAAGGUGUUGGACAAGAGACAUAUUAUCAAGGAAAAAAAGGUAAAAUAUGUCAAUAUUGAAAAACAUGCAUUGAAUAGAUUGAGCAAUAGAAUGGGGGUCAUUUCGCUUUACUUCACAUUCCAAGACAAGGAUUCGCUAUAUUUUGUGUUGGAUUACGCAUCAAAUGGUGAACUAUUAUCAUUGAUCAAGAAGUACAAUACACUAAAUGAAGACUGUACCAGACAUUUUGGUGCACAGAUCUUGGACGCCAUAAAAUAUAUGCACGACAAUGGUGUCAUUCAUAGAGAUAUCAAACCGGAAAACAUUUUAUUGGACGACAAGAUGAGGAUCCAGAUUACCGAUUUUGGAACUGCUAGGUUAUUGGAGAAAAAGAACGACGAGAGUGAGGAUUAUCCAUUGGAUGUUAGAGCCAAAUCGUUUGUUGGAACAGCCGAGUAUGUCUCGCCAGAGUUGUUGGAGAGUAAGUUUUGUGGAAAACCUGGUGAUAUAUGGGCUUUCGGUUGUAUUAUAUACCAAAUGAUUGCUGGUAAACCCCCAUUCAAAGCAACUAAUGAAUACUUGACUUUUCAAAAGAUCACGAAGCUCCAGUACGCAUUCAGCGCUGGAUUCCCCACUAUAAUUCGAGACUUGAUUAAAAAGAUCCUUGUACUUCAGCCGUCAAAAAGGGCCACAAUUCCGGAAAUACAAAAGCAUUUCUUUUUCAAGGAUGUUGAUUUUAAUGAUUACAAUCAGAUUUGGUUAACUGAACCGCCAGAGUUAGGACCGUAUAAGAUGACUGCAAAGUCCAUGAUGAAAAUCCCAGAUAUCAUCAAACACAGUACAUCGACAGUGAUUCCAAAAAAGAAACAUAACAAAGCUCUUACAUCUAGCGGAGAUGAAAAUUCUGUCGUCUUGAAGCCACGCAAUGGUGGAGCCCCGAAUGCAAAUGUUUCUGCGAGGAAACCAAGCAACGCCGAAGUCACAGGCAAUGUCAAUCCAGCUAAUGCUGCCGCGUAUGCUCUACACAAGCCAUUGACGGUUUCAGACAGUAGCAUACCAGAGAGCAACUCCAAUUCAAAGGACAAUUCCAAUGACAGUAAGCGCAGCUCGCGUGGCUCGCAACUGCAGCAGCCUGAUUAUAUACCGGGAACGAAUAUAUUGCGACCACAAAUCAACACCCGUCCGUCCCUUCAUUCUUACAAAAGCAGCCGGGAGAAACCAAAACCGGCCGCCAAACUGAAACCAAAUGUAUUGGCGGUGAGGCCACCGGGUACAUUAGAAGAGGCAUGGGGUGCCUAUUUGACUCACCCUGACGAAAGAGUAUUACGUAUUGGAUCAGUUUAUGUUCAUAGAGAGUCGACUGAAGCUUUUGAAAAGAAACACAAGGGCUCGUUACAUGCGUCACCGUUGGAUGCUGGGAAUACAAAUCGAAAUCGCUCUGGGACUAGCUUGCUCUCGCAAAUGGUCAAUGGCGUGCCCGCCCAAACACAUUUUGAUUCGGUAGACGAAAAAGUUGCUAUUCAAGAGCCUUAUGAGGAGCAACUUUUGAACAGAAGUAACAGCAAAAAGAGUAGCAAGAAAAGUAGUGAGCUUGAAAGGACACAAUCAACCACAUCAAACAGAUUAUCCAAACGGUCGUUUUUCAAAAAAUUGGGCUUGUCGCAGAGUGACAAAAAGGAUGACACUGACGAUGAGCCUGUUAAUAUCUUUAGUCUUGACAAGCCGCAGGUUGGUACUAUGGUAGUUACAACUCAUGGAAGAGCACUUGUUUUUGCAAGAAGAGAUUUGAGCUCUGACUAUGAAAUCAUUCUCACAAUCGAGUUGAAAUAUCCAUUCAUUAGAUUCCAAGAGUUGGUGUCGGUCCUGACCAGAUUUUCCAAGGUGUUGCCAUCAGUGGGUGUUUUCACAAUCACCUCAACUGAGCUGACUUAUGUGUUUGAAGUUGAAAAGUUUGAGGUAACCCAAUGGACAGAAGCAUUAAGUAAAGCUCGUACCAAUGAAUUGGAGAGGGGAAAAUUAGAGCAAGAAGAUUCUAAUUCCCCAGGUAAUUCCAAAGAGUCUAUAACGAGAUCCAAUGUGGAAAGCCCUGCCACAAUUGUUACCAAGGACCGCCAUCACUCCUCGCCAAAGUUGGCAGAUUCGCCAGUCGUUGCGUCUACGACUACUCCACAACCAAGAGUUUCUUCCGAAAAAGGCGCCAGACGCUCGCCACCCGACACAGCAAAGUCUAACAUCAGAGAAACACCAAAAUCGUCUCAUAUGUUGAAGACCAAAAUGCAGCGCUCGACACCAAAAAGGAAGCCUCCUCCAGUUAGUCCGCCAAAUGAAGUCAACACUACCGGCUUACCAAAAGAUUCCUCCGAUAGUGGGUUCCUUCGGGCAGCCAAAUUGGCUGUGGCUCAUAACGCGCAUAUUCCAGUAUCGAAUAAUAGACGAUCUAGUUUUACAAAAGAGGAUGGUAGAAAAGUUGAUCCAAAUAAGACUAGGGCAGUAUCUCGAGGACAGGGAUCGACAUCGUCUAGUAACCCUUCGCUGCCGGUUGUAACAAGUCUGAAUUCGAAAUUCUUGGCCAGAAGUAUCAGAAAGUGA